AUGGGCUCUCGCUCGCGUCCAUGGUAUCGAAUUCGGUGGUUCGCUGAUGAAGACACCGCUGAGGAACGACGGCUGAUCCUAAAGCUUGACCUACUAAUCGUCCCAUAUGCUUUCCUGGCUUACUGGGUGAAGUAUAUCGACCAGGCCAACAUCAAUAAUGCCUACGUUUCCGGGGUUAAGGAGGAUUUGAACCUGCAGGGCAAUGACCUGGUUCAGCUGCAAACCAUGUACACCGUCGGGGCGGUCGUCGGGCAGAUACCUUUUGUCUACCUAUUUACUAAACUGCCCAUUUCCUGGGUGAUUCCGAUCUUGGACAUUGCGUGGGGUGUAUUCACGUUAUUGCAGUUCCGGGCAAGUUCCUUCAGCGAGCUAGCAGCCUAUCGAUUUCUGGUCGGAUGGUUUGAAGCCGCCUUCUUUCCCGGAAUGCACUAUAUAUUCGGUGCCUGGUACCGUGGGGAUGAAAUCGCCCGUCGGGGUGGCUGCUUCUACGUCGGCCUCACACUGGGAACCCUCACAGCCAGUCUGAUCCAAUCCGGCGCGUCAGCCCGUCUUGACGGGGUGCAUGGUCUCGCCGGUUGGCGGUGGAUGUACAUCAUCUGCGCUAUCAUCACCAUCCCGGUCGGAAUCAUAGGUUUCUUCAUCUUGCCCGGCACCCCGGACAAGCCCAACCGCAUAGUUCUACGGCCCAAGGACGUUGAUAUCGCAAAGGCGCGACUUGCCCGCGUUGGGCAUGGCUUCCACCCAGGAUUUCAAUGGCGAUCCGUGAUUAAUGUCGCUCGCAACUGGAAGUUCUGGGCGAUGCUUUGGCUGGACAUCUUCUUUUGGAAUGCCUGUCUGAAUACUAGUACCGGUGGAUACUUGCUCUGGCUGAAAAGUCUGAACAGGUUCUCAACCGCGCGGCUGAAUGAACUGGCUGCCAUCUCACCCGCUCUCGGUAUCUUCUACACGUUGUUCAUCUGUUUCGCCUCAGAUCUCGUGCUGGGACCAGCAUGGGCUAUCACUGUCUCUCAUAUCUGGAAUAUCAUCGGCCUGGUCAUUUUAAUAGUGUGGAACGUGCCUGAGUCUGCAAAAUGGUUUGCAUUUCAGACGACCUAUGCGGCCGUAGCGAUGUCGAGUGUGCUUUACGGCUGGAUCAACAGUGAGUUGCGGGCGUCACCGGCGGAACGGUCGUUGGCGCUGGUUAUCACCAACACGAUUGCGCAGUCGACGACAGUGUGGACACCAUUGUUGGUGUAUAAGACAGUGGAAGGACCGCGCUUCACGAAAGGAUAUUCAUUCACGUUGGCGAGUGCGAUCUGUCUGAUUGCGACGGCGCAGUUGAUCCAGUACUUUCUUAAACGUGAAAAACGGAAACAAGACCAUGCUCAAAUUGACAGGGAGAGUUCGAUCGAAAGUCCAGUGCAGGUGCAAACAAAAGUUAGCUUGUAA